GCGGGGGCAGGGCGGCAGGGAGGCAAGUGUCAGGCCGAUGUGUCGCCCGCGAGGGGCCGGGGUCGGGGCCGCUGGGGCCAUGCGCGUGGGCUGGGCAGGGGGCCAGCGGGGCGCAGAGCGGAGCCGCCUCGGAGCCUGAGCCGCCCGGGGCCGGGGCCGGGGAGCCGCGCGGGGCCGGCCGGCCGGGGGGAGGGGAGCGAUGCGGCGCCGGCGGGCGGCAGUGGCCGCGGGUUUCUGCGCCUCCUUCCUGCUGGGCUCCGUCCUCAACGUGCUCUUCGCUCCGGGCUCGGAGCCUCCGAGGCCAGGCCAGUCCCCUGAGCCUUCGCCGGCCCCGGGCCCGAGCCGUCGCGGGGGCCGCGGGGAGCUGGCCCGGCAGAUCCGGGCGCGCUACGAGGAGGUGCAGCGCUAUUCCCGCGGGGGCCCCGGGCCUGGGGCGGGCCGGCCGGAGCGGCGGCGCCUGAUGGACCUGGCUCCGGGCGGGCCCGGCCUGCAGCGUCCCCGGCCCCCUUGGGCCCGGCCCCUGCCCGACGGCGCCCCAGGCUGGCCCCCGGCUCCCGGCCCAGGCUCCCCCGGCCCGGGCCCGCGCUUGGGCUGCGCCGCGCUUCGCAACGUGUCCGGCGCGCAGUACGUGGGCUCAGGCUACACCAAGGCCGUGUACCGGGUCCGCUUGCCUGGCGGCGCCGUGGUGGCGCUCAAGGCGGUGGACUUCAGCGGCCACGAUCUGGGCAGCUGCGUGCGCGAGUUCGGGGUACGGAGGGGCUGCUAUCGGCUGGCGGCCCACAAGCUGCUUAAGGAGAUGGUGCUGCUGGAGCGGCUGCGGCACCCCAACGUGCUGCAGCUCUAUGGCUACUGCUACCAGGACAGCGAGGACAUCCCAGACACCCUGACCACCAUCACGGAGCUGGGCGCCCCUGUAGAAAUGAUCCAGCUGCUGCAAACUUCCUGGGAGGAUCGAUUCCGAAUCUGCCUGAGCCUGGGCCGCCUCCUCCACCACCUGGCCCACUCCCCACUGGGCUCCGUCACUCUGCUGGACUUCCGCCCGCGGCAGUUUGUGCUGGUGGAUGGGGAGCUCAAGGUGACGGACCUGGAUGAUGCACGUGUGGAGGAGACGCCGUGUGCAGGCAGUGCUGACUGCAUACUCGAAUUUCCAGCCAGGAACUUCACCCUGCCCUGCUCAGCUCAUGGCUGGUGCGAGGGCAUGAACGAGAAGCGGAACCUCUAUAAUGCCUACAGGUUUUUCUUCACAUACCUCCUGCCUCACAGUGCCCCGCCUUCACUGCGUCCUCUGCUGGACAGCAUUGUCAACGCCACAGGCUCUGGAGGCAGAGCUGGGAGCAGCUGGCUGCUGACUUCAGGGAGGAGUGGGAGCCCCAGGCCUCCUGUCUUAGCCACACUGCACUCUGCAGGAGAGCUCACCUGGGGGGUGGACGAGACCCUGGCCCAGCUGGAGAAGGUGCUGCACCUGUAUCGGAGCGGGCAGUAUCUGCAGAACUCCACGGCAAGCAGCAGUACUGAGUACCAGCGCAUCCCAGACAGCACCAUCCCCCAGGAGGACUACCGCUGCUGGCCAUCCUACCACCAUGGGAGCUGCCUCCUUUCAGUGUUCAACCUGGCUGAGGCUGUGGAUGUCUGUGAGAGCCAUGCCCAGUGUCGGGCCUUUGUGGUCACCAACCAGACCACCUGGACAGGUCGACAGCUGGUCUUUUUCAAGACUGGAUGGAGCCAAGUGGUCCCUGAUCCCAACAAGACCACAUAUGUGAAGGCCUCAGGCUGACCUGUCUGAGGGCUUGGCUGACCAGCUGACUAUCCUCAGCAGCAGGGCUUGCCUGUGGAGGGAGUGACUUGCACUGGCAGCGCUGCAUGUCACCUGGGAACCCCUGCAGACAAAGCUGACAUCCCAGACAGAUCGAUGUGACCAGGACAAACGUGCAAUAAUGCCAAAUGUUAAAAUGUGAGUUUACCAGCCUAGCUAUGGGACUGCUGGCUCCUAGUCCAGGAAUCUUGGGGGGAUGACUGCCUCUCCAACCCUCUGGGCUGCAAGCAAGCUCAGGCUAGUCUCCCCAGUGGGGGUUGUGUCCCUCCCUGGGACAGUUCCGUGAGCAGCCCCGUCACUGUGUUCAGUAGUGUGAGAAUGUAGCUAAAGCCCCUGCUGCUGCUGCUGCUGCUGCUGCUGCUGCUGCUGCUGCUGCUGCACUUGCCACGGCAGGCGGGGGGCUGCGUGGGGACAAUCCAUCGCUGAGUGUUCUCUCAGCUGAGGUCUGGACAGGAGACUUGGCGGGGGAAGCUCCAGGAUGUGGGUGAUUCUGUACCUGGGGAGGCUAUCUCUGACCUCCUGACAGGGGGCAGGCACUCCCAGGCCAGCCCAGGGGUCAGGGGCAGAGGUGCACACCUCAGCAUGAGCCAAGACUGGGGUCGGGGAGCAGGUGCGGUUUGAGCCAGGACCUGGGGUGGGGGUGGGGCCGGGGCCUUUCUGCCUCAUUUGCUUUCAAUGAAAGCCGCAAAGCAGCCAAAACCAGGCUCUCCCCCUUCCUGGAGUUUGAAUAUCCAGAAUCUUUUGUACUUCUUGUUCAUUAAAUUGUUUAUUUUUGUAAAAAAAAUAAAAUAAAAUUAGUUAAUAAAAUGAUGUUUCACAGCAAA